ACAAUAAUUACGCGUAGGUUGAAACGUACGAGAAAUGAAAUAACCCAAACAAAAUAGGGAAGAAAACGAGAACAGCCAAUGGGAAGAAUCGAAAAGUGUACACUGGUGGGUCCCACUGGGUCGAUCCCGAUUCUCCGAUUCAUGUGGCUAUAAGGAAAAAGAGAAUAGAAAGAACCAAAAACAAACACAGUACAAAAUAAUCAACGGUUAGAUCUAUUCCAUACUCGCGGGACCAGCACUUCACUCUCACAUCUAACCGUUGAUUUCAAGCAGUAGUAACACACUUCACAGUUUUCAGUUUCACUCUUCUAUAAGCUUUUUCUUUUCUUCUUCAUUCAUUCGUUCAUUCAUUUUCAACUUUUCAAUACUUCGAUCUUCUUCGUCUUCAAAGGUUUUGAAUAUUCAAUGUUUGAGUUGACUAUGUUGUCAGGUCAAAGACUCAAAACAGUGGUGUGUUGUUGUUGUUGUUGUGGUGGUGGUGGUGGUGGAGGGAAAUAGGUGAGUGAUGAUGCCUAAUGAGAUUGCUGCUCGUGUAUAUCGUGAUGGUGAGAGAGUUGAUGCUAAUGCAAUGCAUGGUUAUGGUUAUCUAUCACCAUGGAUGGCUCAUUGGAAGCACACAACAAGUUACAAGUCAGCAACAAACCCUGUUUGUAAUGGUUUGAGUGUUGGAUGUGAGGUUAAAGUUGUGAAAGGAGAUAGUGAUGUUGAGCGGUGUGAUUUACUUGGUGGGUCUGAUGCUGGAUCAGAUAGUUCUAUGCAUACUGGGGCUACUAGGGUUGGAUUUGUUGAUGAGGGGGAGACUGGAAAAUCGAAGAAAGUAAGUUUUGGUUCGAAACCAUUUCUUAUAUCCAGUCUUUCUCAAAACUUAAAUGGAAGAUCACCUUUUCAGAGAGAAGAUAAGAGUGUUUUCCGCGGGGAAGAGGGAAAAUCUGGAACAAAAUCCUGUUCUGGACAUGAAAAUGUUUCUUUCAACAGAGCUGGGAGUCACUUGUCAUUGACAUCUUCACAAGCUGCUCCUCCUAAAAUAGAAACUUCAGUAAAAGAGUGUCAACUAUUGUCUCAAGGAGUGCCGGUGAAAUCCAUGUUUACUGCUGAACUGAAGAACUUAGCUCUUUCAACAUCAGUGCAGAACAACUUGGUAAAAUCAGCUUCGGACAUAGUACCAACAAAUGGACGUGACAAAGGAAAAUCUGUGAUGGCCGAAAUCGUAGGUGGACCGCGCGAAGUAUAUCCGUCGAGCUACAAUUCAGCUUCCCAAGAGCAUUACACAAGCACUAAAUAUCAUAGUUAUUCUUCUCUUUGUGUCCCUGAGAAGCAGAUGAGUAGUCUGUUAGACCCUCGAAGAUCUUCCCUAUCUAGAUUGAUGGGAGGCAGUUUUGCUCGUAUUCCGCAAGAUCCAAUAGCUGAUGAUGAUGGACUCUAUGUUGUUCGUAGUCAGCACCACAAGAUUCAAAAUUUAAUUGCUAAUCCGAACAUUACAAACCAGACUGCACUCUCGGAACCAGCUAAACCACAAAAAUUUUACGGCGUAAGCUCUUCGGUAGCCCGAGUGCCACAUUCUGUUUAUGGUGUGAAGGCUGCAAAGAUUUACACCAAUUUAGAUUCAGUAGAAGAAUUAUCAAGAGGUCAUCCCAAUAUUUCCCAGACCACACAUCGUUUUCUGAUGUCAAAAAAUACGGAUGUUAAUUUAUUUGACAAAAGUCAGUUCUUUAGAGACUCAAUGGCAUCUACCAAAUUCAAAGGAAAUAAUUUCAAUGAGACCCUUGAUUUAUCUCUGACUCCACCUGCUAGUGACCAUACUGUGGACUGUCUGAAGCUGGAAACUCUAGGUAGCUCAAGAAAGAGGGAAAAAAAGGAACAUAUCCACAACUUCAGAUGUCCGACAAGCCUGAUGAAUGAUUCAUCUUCUGAACCCAACGCUAUGGACAUUGAUACUUUACAUGAGAAUAAUCUUCCAGGUGAAGUUCCAUUGCUAUCAAAUAAGUGCUCCAAGGAUAGUCAAAACUCGUUCACAUCUCAAGGUGCAACAAUUUCGGCUAGAGGAAAAAACAUAGAGAAGUCCGUUAGUACAGUAGUCCCAGAUAUAAAUGAAGAGCCUGGUGAGCUUUUCACUCCGGUAAGUCCCAUGGUUGACUGGGAGACUAGCCCAUCAAGAACUCAUAGCCUUGAUGUGGACCAACUUUUUUCUCACGCAAAAGGCCAUGCAAGGUCAAAAUCUAGCAGCAGUUCUUUGGGAUCAGAUCCAAGUACCAGAUGGGUUAAAAGACUCAAGUUAUGCACAUUGAACUCUGCUCACGGUACCAAGAGUGAAAAUAUUGGAGAAACUUCACAUGUAAUAUUAACUAAUAAAACAAAUAUGGAAGCCGAAACAGUAUAUCAUGUUGAAGGAGAGAGGGUACCAGAUCCACCUCCGACAGUAUUAUCAAACGAGGAGUCCUCUUUUACCGAAGUGAAGGAAACAGUAGGAAUUACACUUUCACAUCCAUGGAUUCAGAGGUGGAGUCAUAAUCGGGCUGCAUGUUCCAAAAAGAGGCAUGAAUCAACAGAGCAUCGCGAUCCUAAGUCUUCAAACACCGUGCCAGAAGAGUUUAAGAACAAGCAGUUUCCAAGCAUUGCUGCUAUGGCCCUGAUGGGAAAGGCAAUGAAUUGUUUUAAUCCCUCUGAACUUACGAAAAAGGGUCCUGUGAUAGUUUGGAAUACGAAGAGAAUUUGAAGUUUUUGGCCAUUGGUGAUAUAAGUUUAUGGCGGGGGGGAUCCAUGAGAUUAAUUUAAGGAAUAUAUAUGUCUGCAUACUUUGCACUGAAUGUUGCGUGGUGUAGUGAGUAAUGCCGGAUCAUAUCCCACAACCGGGAAUUUUUUGCUUAUCUUACUACCUUGACUCCUCAAAUAUGGAUUCAUCUAAACCAAAUAUGAAUAGAGCAGCAUCUAAAUAAAGAUAUUAUGUAUGGGAAUGUGAAUGCCUUUUUCUUUUCUUUUCAUGUAACAUAUAUACUUAUGCAAUAAAUUGUCUUCACCCUGGCUGGAAGAAAUUUUCCUAGAGGGAUUGAAUCAUUGAACCUUGCCUGGUACCGCCGCGUGUCAUAUUGCCACCAAGCUAAGCAUAUAUCAAAGUUAAUUUAUAAGGUUUGGUAGGAGUUUCAUGUAAGGUUAUGAUCCUUUUGGGGUGGAUUUUUCUAUCAUGAACAAUAGGCUUCCUCAAUGUGAAGUUCAACAACUUUCAAGGUCAAAGCACUUUCAAUAUGUAAAAUGUUGUGUGUAAAAAAGUGUUGCAACAUGUGGUGGUAUGUCCUAGUUAUAAACAAUUUUAUUGUACUGUUGAGAGGAUCCAAAUACUAUUUAUUAAAUGUGAUUUUUGAUGGAUUUUA